AUGGCGGCCCCCAUCGCGGCCUCGGGCCGGGCUCUGCUGCGCGCGGCCGCCGAGCGGCUGCUGCGAGGACGAGUUCGGACCCUGCUCCGGCCGCAGCUCGAAGGGGUCGCCCCGGGCCCGGAGCGCGACUUCAGCCUCUCUCACAGUCGGGGCACGGUCAUCGUGGAGCGCUGGUGGAAGGUGCCGCUGGCCGGGGAGGGCCGGAAGCCGCGCCUGCACCGGCGACACCGCGUCUACAAGCUGGUGGAGGACACGAAACACCGGCCCAAAGAUAACCUGGAGCUCAUCCUCACGCAGUCGGUAGAGGAGCUUGGAGUCCGGGGUGACCUAGUUUCAGUGAAGAAAUCUGUGGGCCGUAAUCAACUACUUUCUCAAGGACUGGCUGUGUAUGCAUCCCCUGAAAACAAGAAGUUGUUUGAAGAGGAGAAAUUGCUGAGACAAGAAGGAAAAUUAGAAAAGAUCCAGACCAAGGCAGGUGAAGCGACAGUGAAAUUUCUGAGAAACUGUCACUUGGAGGUGGGAAUGAAGAACAACGUCAAAUGGGAGCUAAACCCUGAAAUAGUUGCCCGCCAUUUUCUCAAAAAUCUUGGUGUUGUGGUAGCCCCACAUGCAUUAAAGUUACCAGAAGAGCCCAUCACACGGUGGGGCGAGUACUGGUGUGAGGUGACGGUAAAUGGGCUUGACACUGUCAGAGUCCCUAUGUCUGUGGUGAACUUUGAGAGGCCCAAGACCAAAAGAUAUAAGUACUGGUUAGCCCAGCAAGCUGCCAAGGGAAUGGCCCCCACCAGCUCCCAGAUGACCUAAACCUACUCUCCUUCAAAAGUGGUGAAGCAGAAUCUGAGGCACAGUGGAGCAAAGAUGAGCCAGCUCUGACGAGAUGUGGAGUAUUAGAGAGCAUGUGGGGACAUUGGACUGAACUGCACCUACAUGCUGAAUUCUCCAUAUUUGCCAUCUCCGUCUUCGACUGAAUCACAUCUGGCCUUCCUGCGGCAAUCCUGCUCAAGAAGUACCAAGCUGUACACUUGAUAAGCUGAUUAUUAAUAGACCAAAAUAGUCUAGAUCCUAUUUCCUCUUCCUCCACUGGAGUUCAUUGGAACACAUGGAAGAGCUAGCCAUUGUCUUUAGUACUUGGCUUAUUCUCAUCAUUCAAACGGAACAUUUAUUUCUCAAGAAGAAAUAAAGAGGCUGUUUUUUUUUUACAUAUUUACCGCGCUUGAGUAGACUGGGGACAGGACAUCCAUAUGGGAUGUCCUCUUGAGCCACUGGGGUUUGCUGCUGAAAAGGAAGGAAGAAAAGAAUACAUUUACAGGCUACAUCCCACAGUUGCUAUGGGCAAAUUAUUCAACAGCCUGUUUUGUCUUGGAUCUUAAAACUUAACUCUCAUUAGGUAUAUUGAUAAAGUCAUCAGUAUGAGUAAGCACAAUGGGUUCUACAUUUCUAAGGCAAUCUGAAUUAAGGCCAAAGGGUAAUUAUUGGAGAAAAUGAAGAUGGGAUAAAAGAAACAACGUUUUUUGUUUUUUGGAACCAGCUGGAUGGUUUCCUUGAGGAAAUAGUGAUAUAUUAGGGGCUUAGUGUUGGUCUCUGAUGCUGGCCAGUUAGACAUUCACAGCAGCUGCAGCUAGAUCAGUCUUGGUGAGUCCUUGAUGUUGGGCUCAUACAUGACUUCCACCAUGGCUUCACCAUUCAUAUGCCCAUUUUGCCAUCCUUGGGGUGCCAAUGACAGAGACUGGCUAAUAUCAACUGGCUAAGUCAUUCAGUCUACUUGGUGAUUUGGUGUCUUUUCUUUAGUGGAUGUUCUCUGGUAGGCAUACAUGCAGUAUAAAGAUCGUCACACUUUGUACCCAUUCUUAGGUAAAUUAAAUGUCUUUUCCUCAGACUUCCUUGUCUUCAACCUUCCUAUUUUUCUUGAUCAGCCAGCAGAACCAUUCACCAUUGCCCAUGAGUCUGUAUUCUUCAGGCAGGUGCCUGAAAUUCUGCCCAUUGGGAAGAUUUUCCUUCACUGCUGUCUUUCAAGGUCACUUCUGAGUGGGAUCCUAGUACCUCCACAGUCUAUUUUCAGCUUGCUUCCUCCUUCUAAGACAACCCAUACAUUAACUAAGCCCAGCGUUUUUCCUCUUUUGUCAUCUGGUCAUAAGGGAUUUUCUCUGCUCCAUGUGGUGAUAGAUGUGAACUGAAGAAGCAUCAGUACAACAGUGGUGGGUGACAGGGUUUGACCACCUGCUUAUGUAGCUUGCUUUUGUCUUCCAGCCCUGCUUGUGCCCAGUUCUAUACAUACCACUUUCACCUUAUGAAAGACUGCUGGGGGACCCAUCCAACUUGAUGACUUGUGGGUCUCUCAGAACUCAGGUUUUAAUAGGCAUUUCUGGGCACAUGAUCACUUUAUGUCCCAUGGGCAAGCACUUUGUCUUAACUAGGACUCAGUAGCAUGAUAGCAGCAAUCUUUUGAAGGGUGUAUAAUAAAUACUCUUGCAACUGGCAUGUUCUUGUUCUAGAACCAUUGGGGGUCUAUGUGUGACUUCCUAUUGAGGCUUGCCAUAAACAGCAUGUGGCAUUUCCCCCAUCACUGACACCUUUAAUACAAUAGGUAUACCAUUUGUACCAACCUAGACCUGCUGCAGAGCCUUUUCUUGCUCUGGGUCCCACGCAAAGUUGGCAGUCUUGUGUGUCCUCUAAUAUAUGUGUCAGUGCCAUAUUCCCAAGUAUGGACACAAGUAAAGGAGAAGUUUCAUAUGUUGCUACUAAGGGAACAUAAAGUGAUCAUGUAGACCCCAAAGAGGUUUAGCAGGCAUUGUGUUCCAUUAAUAGAGACAUGAAAUUUCUCCUUAACUUUGGAGGGAACAUUGUGGCGUGGUCCAGACCACUGGACCCCUAAAAAUUUCACUGAAUAUUUGUGGGGUUUAUGUACCACCAUUUGAAGAACGUUAAUCCUACCAAGGCCUCCAGGGUACUUGCCAUUUCUUGCUCAACCUGCGCAACUAGCAUGCUGUCAUCA